AUGGCUGGUGUUCCUGUGAAAUUCGGUUCGUUACUAUCGUUCUGUAUUGUGUUUUAUGCUGUUUAUAUACGUAAAAAUGAUAUUGGGGAUGUUCGGCUUGCGCCGGUAAAGGAUCAUUUACUGUUUUUGGAGAAAGAAAACAGAGUUGGUACUGGCAAUCUUCAGCCGAAAGUCGCGCUUGGUUAUGGUGCAUGUCAUGACUUAUUUGUGAAUGCAACCUCUUUACUGGACCAUAAGGAGCUAAAGGAAGCUCCUCAACACUUCAAUGAGAUCGCGAACAAAGAGGAAUUCCUCAAAAGUUUUGCAUAUUUCUUCAAACAUGGAGCGGCAGUCGAGCGUUUCAUGUCCAACUCAAAAUUGUAUGAUGACCUGAUAGAACAAGCUUUAAAAUUGCCUGACACUAGAUGGGCUAUUGGAGGCAAUGCACCGUUGAUGGCUAAGCGGUUCUUCAUUGAGGGCUGGGAAGUUUUGCUAGCUGCAAAAAUGAGCAAUAAAUUGAAAGAGUACAUUCCAAAAGAAAUUAAGAUAGUUGGUGAUGACGGGAGCGAAGAAGUGAAAGAUGAUAUUCAUAUGAUUCUAGAAUAUAAAGCUGAUGAACAGUUUGGUCCGUUUAAAGCUCCACGGGCUAAUAGAUAUAUCAUGCAUAAUGAUGAAAAUAAUCCCUUACUUAGUUCCUUAGAAAAGUUUGGCGAAUACUUGCCUCAUUUCAGUCCUAACUUACUAGUCAUUAGUGGACUCCAGAUGAUGGACAAUUAUCCCUUUAAGGCUGAGGAUGGCAGAGAUUUGAGAGCUGAAAGGCUGGAUCUAGUGAAGAAACAAAUUCUUUCACAACCACAAUCAACUUUAACUCAUUUUGAGAUGGCCAGUUAUGUGGACUUAGAACUUCUAAAACAUCUUACAAAUAAAGUCCUACCAUUUGUAGACUCUGUAGGAAUGAAUGAACAAGAAUUGACUAAUCUAUAUAGUGUCCUAGAGCACGGUCAAGUCAGUGUGGUAGCUGACUCCAACCCUAGAGUAGCAACAGCAUUAGACCAGAUGCGUGAAACGUUCUUACUCAUAAGAAGCCAGAAUAAACAAUACAAAAGCACUAGACACUUGACACGCAUACAUGUGCAUACUUUAGCAUAUCAAGCAAUUUUGACAGUUAAAAAAUCAAACUGGAAGAGAACUGAAGCCGCUGCAGCCAAAGCGUCAAUAACAGCUCACAGAUAUGUCUGCAAUAGCCAAGAAAUUGACUUGAGCAAAUGUAAACUCUUACUCGAUGACAGUUUUUCUACAACCACAGUCAAUGAUAAUAAAAGUAGGGUAUUUUUUGAACCCUCCAAGCCUGUAUCUUGCUGGGAAGAAGUAUUAGGUGGUGAAAAAGUUGACAUUUGUGUAGCACCAGUACUUAUAUGCACAGAAGCACAACUUACUGCAGGAGCAGGAGAUAAUAUCUCUGCUGCUGGCUUGGUGUUACAAGUUGAAAAAUGA